CCGUCCCUCUGCUCAUCUUCUCCCUUGUACCACUGUUUCUGGGUCCUGGUCUAUCAUUCUUAUCGCCCUCGACGGCGGUCUUCACGUCGUUCACACCGUUCACCAUGUCGGUCUCCAUUUCCUUCGGAAAUACUCGUGCAUCCGAGAAUUCUCGCCAGGAGCCGGAGCCAAGUCGGGACUCAGAGAUGUACAUCCCGCAGACCUUGGUGUUGGGCAUAUUUCUGGCGAUAUUUGUGACCCAGAUUACCAUCAACAUCAUCCAGAUCAGGCGCGCAAGACAACGGGGUGCAGCAGGGGGCAGACGAGACACGAACCUAGGAGCUGUAGGAGCUGAGAUACCAGGUGAACGAGAAAAUGAGCCAGGGGGGAUUGAUGUCGAUAUCGCUCCCGGCGAGAUUGGAUGAAGGACUAACGAUAUAGAAAAUCGUCAAAUCACCAAGCAUGAACACUAUUCCAAGGCAUGGUCCCGAGCGAACAUGAAAGUAGUCUUGGUUAUGCAUCUGCCACCAGCAAGGCGCUGGAAUCUGAAGCCCGGUCGGUGCUUUGACCGAUCCUGAGAUACGAUCAUCCCAAUGCCAGCCAUAUAGCAGCAGCGUUGCGUGAUCUCGUGGUGUGUGGUGAAGCGUGAUGACAGAACGUAUUUCCGAUACUACACAAUUUAUGCGAAGGGUACUGGAUAUGAAAAUGAUACCCAUUCUACGAAC